GUUGUGCGCGAGAAGCCGAAUUGAUGAGACGUGAAUAAAUUUUAUUGGACGUGAGUGUAAUUAGUGCUGGCUGAGCUGCUUUUAUAAAAUUCUCUGCAAGUAGUGGUAAAUGGUUACCACUUUUUAGUGCGCUUGGAUUUUUCAACUAUUAACAAAUCAAAUAGUCAAAAUUAAAGUGCAGUGUAUUGAAAUUAAGUUUAGUGAAUAAAUUAAGCAAACAUGUUUAGGAACAAAGUCUGAAUCUGUGAAUAUAACAACACAUUUGGAAAUAGCAGUUUUGUGUGUAUCUUCGCUGCCGAAAAGAUAGCUUUCGUUUUAGCCAGAAAGAAAAACAACAAUUACACACUACGAAGGAUGUGUGAGAAGUCAUCAAUCUUUGUUGAAUAUUAGAAAAUUUUCGGCUCGCGUGCAAAGCUUGCGACUUACAUACUUAUAUUACCGACUGUUACCGACCGCUUUAGUGUUCUAGUGUUUUGUGCUUAAGUGAAUUACAUCUACACCCGUCAUUUAUAUAAUAUAUAUAUUUUUGUUUUUUGGUUUUCAAUUUCAAUUUAGGUUUAAUUUACAAAUAUAUUAAAAUUGCAUAAGUGUACAGUUAUUCCCAAGGACACUCAUUUAGUUCGUACAUGGAGCACUUAGACGGAUUGAAUUAGAUUCAUAUAACACAUACUUUUGUGCAACGUACAUAUAGCAACAUAUACACACAAAUGUCUGUGCUCCUCACGUAACUACAUAUUUGCAUAGACUGAACAUUCCAAACACUGUUCUCUUCCCCCCGAAGGCGAGCGAAUAAAUAAUAACCACAACUACAAACAAGGAACAUCAACGGCAUCCUGCUCGAAUUGCGUGCGGGACCAACAUCUAUAGGCACAUACCUAACCUACACAUCAGACACAUCCAGGAUGGGGCGGCUAACACAAAUGCUGGCCGUCCUGCUGCUGGUAGCUGUUUUAGGCUCCACAAAUGCAGAGAGUAAAAUAAAUUCACCGCCUCGUAUUAUAAAACAACCCCCGACAGAUGAACUGCUUUUCAAAGUCGCAGUACAAAAUAAGGAAAGUGAUAAACCAUUCAUCAUCGAGUGUGAAGCUGAAGGAAAACCAGACCCAAGUUACCGAUGGAUCAAAAACGGCAAGAAAUUCGAUUGGCAAGCAUACGACAAUCGCAUGUUGCAGCAACCCGGUCGUGGUACACUUGUCAUCACAUCACCCAAGGAUGAAGAUAUGGGUCAAUACCAGUGUUUCGCUGAAAACGAAUUCGGUACAGCCACCUCAAAUUCAGUGUUUGUGCGCAAAGCCGAAUUGAAUGCAUUUAAAGAUGAAGUGGCGAAAACAAUCGAAACAAAUGAGGGUGAACCCUUCUCGCUUAGUUGCGAAGCACCCGACGGUUGGCCCAAACCCAUUGUAAAUUGGCUGAUACAACACUCUUUGGAAGGCACCAUUAAAUCGAUCAACAACUCACGCAUGACACUCGAUCCCGAGGGAACACUCUGGUUCUCCAAUGUGACACGUGAAGAUGCUUCGGAAGAUUUCUUCUAUGCCUGUUCAGCUACAUCGGUGUUCCGUAAUGAGUACAAAAUUGGCAAUAAAGUCUUAUUGGAUGUGAAACAGACCGGCAUCAGCGCUGCACUGAACAAACAACAACCCAAACGGCAAUAUGUGACGCGUAAGAACGAAGUUGCAUUGCGUGGCAAACGUGUCGAACUUUACUGUAUUUUCGGUGGUACACCACUUCCUCAAACGGUUUGGUCUAAAAAUGGAGCGCUCAUAGAGUGGAGUGAUAGAAUCACGCAAGGUCAUUAUGGUAAGUCGUUGGUCAUCAGACAGGCGAACUUCGAGGAUGAAGGUUCCUACACUUGUGACGUUUCAAACGGUGUUGGUAAUGCACAAUCGUACUCGAUCAAUCUGAAGAUUUUGGCCACACCUUACUUCACCAAAGAACCAGAGGUACAAAAUGCAGCCGAAGAUGAGGAAGUCACAUUCGAAUGCGCAGCUGCUGGUAAUCCCGAACCCACAAUUCAAUGGAUCCACAAUGGCAAACCGAUUGCACAAUCACCAUCCAAUACACGUCGUACGGUAGAAAGUAAUCGUAUUAUUAUUCGUGAUCUCGUUAAGGCCGAUACUGGUAACUAUGGUUGUAACGCAACCAAUUCGCUUGGCUAUGUCUACAAGGAUGUGUACCUGAAUGUGUUGGCAUUGCCACCAGAGAUACAGGAAGCACCACGGAAGGAAGCCACUGUCGAUGGUAAAAAUGUCACAUUACGUUGUCGUGUCUUCGGUGCGCCCAAACCCCAAGUGAAAUGGAUACAUAAUCAUCAAGAAUUAACUGGUGGACGCUACAACACUUUGCCAUCCGGUGACUUGGAGAUCCAAGAAGUUGCGUUUAGCGAUGAGGGUGACUACACGUGUUACGCAACCAAUAAAUUUGGCAGCAUAUCUGCAAAUGGCACAUUAUUGGUAAUGAAACGCACCAGCAUUAUUCAUGAGCCGCAGAAUUACGAAGUAGCUGCUGGCAAAUCGGCGACAUUCCGUUGUAAUGAAGAGCAUGAUGAAAAACUAGAUCUAGUAAUUGAGUGGUGGAAGGAUGGUCAAGCUAUUGAUUUCGAAUCGGAGGCGCGUUUUAUGAAGACCAACGACAAUUCACUAACCAUACCAAAGACCGUUGAAUUGGAUUCUGGCGAGUACACAUGCGUUGCACGCACCGAAUUGGACGAGGCAUCGGCUAAAGCUAAUCUCAUUGUACAGGAUGUACCCAAUGCGCCGCGUUUAGUUGGCAUCGUGUGCAUGGCUAAUAGGAUUAGAGUCACUUGGGAACCGCAGGGUGACAAUCGCUCACCAAUUCUAUAUUACACCAUCGAAUUCAACACUUCGUUCACACCUGAUUCGUGGGAUAUAUCAUACGAUAAAGUACCAUCUACAGAAACCGCUUUCGUGGUUGACUUAACGCCUUGGUCGAACUAUACCUUCCGUGUGAAAGCCUUCAACAAAAUUGGUCCAUCACCGCCAUCGGACCACAGUGAAUUUUGUACCACACCGCCAGAUGUGCCCUACAAGAAUCCUGAUAAUGUACAAGGCAUGGGUACUGAACCAGAUAACUUGGUAAUUUCUUGGACUCCAAUGCCGGAGAUUGAUCACAACGCGCCAGACUUCCACUACCGCGUCUCUUGGAAACGUGACAUACCAGCUGCCUCGUGGGAGAGUAAAGAUAUAUAUGAUUGGCAGCAGAACAAUUUGGUAAUACCAGAUCAACCAACGUAUGUACCCUACCAAAUUAAAGUGGUAGCUAUAAAUAAACAUGGAGAAGCGAAUGUUGCGCCUACAGAGGUUAUCGGUUAUUCGGGUGAAGAUCGACCUUUGGAAGCUCCUACCAACUUUAGUAUGGUCCAAGUAACCGCUGCCACCACUGCCAUGUUACGUUGGAAUCACGUUAGUCCCGAAUCGGUACGUGGCCGCUUCAAGGGUUACAAGAUUCAAACAUGGACCGAGAAGGAGGGUGAGGAAGCGUUACGCGAAAUACAUGUUGAUGCCAUCUCCGAUCAGGCGCUCGUGACACAAUUCAAACCCGAUUCGAAGAACUUUGCACGUGUGCUUGCCUAUAAUGGACGCUUCAAUGGCCCACCCAGUGUAGUCAUUGACUUUGAUACACCCGAAGGUGUGCCAUCGCCAGUGCAGUCAUUAGAUGCUUACCCCUUGGGUUCAUCCGCUUUCUGGUUGGUUUGGAAGAAACCAUUGCAACCAAAUGGUAAACUGACUGGCUACAAAAUCUAUUAUGAAGAGGUUAAGGGCAGCUAUGUAAGCGAGCGACGUGAACUCGAUCCGCAUAUUAAUGAUCCGCAGAUAACGAGCGCUAAAUUAGCUGGUUUGAAGGCAAACACGAAAUAUAGAAUUUCAAUAACGGCAACCACGAAAAUGGGCGAAGGAUCAGAACAUUUCAUUGAGAAACGCACUUUGCCAGAAGACUCACAGAUGCCUGCUGUACCUGGAUUCAUCGUACAACAAUUGAAAUCCGAGAAUAAUAACGCAAAAUAUCGUGUUAACUGGCAGCCAAGUACCGAAGGACAUGCCGGCACACAUUUUUACACGCAAUACAGAAUUAAAGGCGAGCCAAACUUCAAAACAGAAAAACCCGAAUUCUCUAAAGAUUACCAAGAAAUUGGUGGUCUCAAUCCAGAUAAUGUGUAUGAAUUCCGUGUUGUAUCUGUCGAUGGUGAUCAUGAAACGCCCAGCGAAUUGCGUGAAAUCGUCAUAGAUGGCCCCACCAAAGUGCCCAAUCAGAAUGUGGCGAAUGCUGGCUGGUUCAUUGGCAUGAUGCUGGCGCUGGCCUUCAUCAUUCUACUGUUUAUUAUUAUUUGUAUCAUACGACGCAAUCGUGGUGGCAAAUACGAUGUGCAUGAUCGCGAAUUGGCGAAUGGACGUCGCGACUAUCCGGAUGAAGGCGGAUUCCAUGAAUACUCACAACCAUUGGAUAAUAAGAGCGCUGGACAGCAAUCGGCUCAUUCGGCGAAGCAGCCUGGUGUGGAGAGCGACACCGACUCGAUGGCCGAAUAUGGAGAUGGUGAUACAGCUCAAUUCACCGAGGAUGGUUCCUUCAUUGGUCAAUAUGUGCCGGGUAAGCUGCAACCACCCGUCAGUCCACAACCCAUAAAUAACACGCCAGCAGCGCAUCAGUCGCCAACCGCGCCGCCAGCACCCACACAGGCCGCCACUUCCUCCAAUACCCCUGCAGUGGCCACCUAUGUUUAGGAGCAACAGCCGCAACCGUAAAGGCAUAACGGUAGUAACCAAAGUGCAAGUCAAUGAAAUUGUAGGUCGGACGAGCAGCGAAAUUUUAAUGCGCGACGAGGCUAGAGAGGUUUAAUUUGUAGCGAUUUCAAUUAGGUAAGCGAGUUAAAAAGUGAAAUGACUUUGAUAAGCAAUGAAAAUUUAUCAAAUAUUCAUUUCACUAUAUGUUUGUAAUAGGAAUAACGAUGAGUGGCGGUUUGUGAAUUGUCUUAAGUGAAAUUUUUACGAUUGUUUACUGUCGGAAAAUGUAGAAAGUGGAAAAUUAAAAUACCAUAAUCGAAGGGAAGGAAGGAAGAAAAAUAUAAGAUUUUUAAUGCAAGUAAUAAGAAUAAAUCCAGUAACUGCUUUUUAUGCUGAGUAAAAAUAAAUUUCUUUACUCAGCAACUGAGUGGCAUUUGCAAAGCAAGAGUUCAAAUUUAAUUUUGCUUCGCCUAAAAUGAAUAAUAUUAUAUAUGUACAUACAUAUGCAGAUUGUAGUGCUGCAUUUGUCGUCUUCGAAUAAAUUUAUGUGCUAAUGUGUAUGUUUUACCUAUUAUGUAUAAAAAUAUAUGUACAUUCAGAUUUAUAUAAAAGAAGUAAAAAUAAUUUAACAAAUUCAUGCGAGUAAUGCAUAUUAUUAUCGAUAUUUUGUUUUAUUACUAUUAUGAAUGUGUUAAAGCGAUAUAGAAACUCAAAAAUACAACAGAUUGUUUAUAUUCAAAUUUGUAUUUAAAACUCCUAGAUAAAAAAAAACAAUGUCAGAGAUCAUUUUAUAAAAUAUAAUUUUUUUUAUAUUUUGAUCUAAAUACAAAAUAAAUAUAUUACAUACUAUUUCCACCUUUCAGACAAUUUAAUGAAAAUAACAAUUUUUUCUAUUUCACAAAUAUCAAUUGUAAUCAGUUUUUUAAGGGGGUGAUUUAUUUUUUAAAGUUAAAUAAAUAAAUAAAUAAAAAUAAUUAUUUCAAGAAAUCAUUAAACCGAAUGUACAUGUACAGAAUUCAAUGUCUUUUAACAAUCGGCAAUUCAUUUUGAAACAUUUUGGAUGCUCUUGAUCCCAUAGCCAUGCUCCAGAAGCACCUCCAAAAAAGUGUUUGGCGGUGAGAAAGAUUUUUCAGCUUAAAAAAGUAUUUUUUGUGAAUAAAUUUAUACUUCAGAGUGGCUUAUUGAAAUUAUUUUUUAAAAUAAAAUCUUAUUCCUUCGAUGAUUAUAUCCAAGAAGGUCGUAUGGAAAUUCCAUGUCGUUCGGUCCAGCCGUUUCAGAAACAUUUUUUUCUAACCGGCUCUGAAAGCAGCGUUUCGGAGAAAAGUCGUCUAAAAUUUUGGGAUCCGAUUACAUAUCUUCGAAAAUAUUUGUCUUAUUAACUUCAAAUUUUCAAAGAAUAUUCUCAAAUAUAAGUACAUUCAAUAUAUAUAUUUAUUUAUUUUUUAAUGCAGCACUACAAGCAUUAUAUGUAAGCGGUGAAAGCAACAUUAGCAUUUAUUUACUAAAAAAAAGAAUAAUAAUAAUAAUAAUAUACCCACACCAUAAUAAAUCAAAUGUACUAUUUAUUAUUAAAUGUAUUGGUAAUUGUAGCUUGUUUAAGCCAAUGUUUGCGUUAGAUUGUUGUUAUUAAUAUAAUAGCAGCUGUAGAUUAAACAAAAUACUAUGAAACGUUUUUAAGUUCGAGUAAUUUGCGCAAGUGCAAAAAUAUAUUUUAAACACGCUUCAAUAAUGCGUAUAAAGACCCUCUGAAUAUUUAAUUUCAAGCCAAAUAAUUAAAUAUUGCAUUAUAAAAAAAAAAGUUUAUUUGAGUUGCGUUGUAAUAAAUUAAAUUACUUUGGCAAGCCUUAUAUGUUGAGCUUACACAAAACAAAAAAAUACAAAUAUUGGGGAAAAUUAAAAUGAUUUCCAUUUUAAUUUACGCAAAGCCUUUAGAUGUAAUAUAAACCAGUAUGUACGUGCGUGUGAACUGUUACAUACAAAUUAAACGAAUCUCAAUGUGUGUAUGGUAAAAAUAUGAAAAUAAUAUAUAAAAAAAUAAAACAAAUUCUAAGAAAUAUGCUCUGUGAAUGGAAAAUAUGCGAAUUUCCACAUAUUUCAAAAUAUUUUUAACUACCACUUACGUCAUUUAAAUUCAAAACAAAACAGUAAGUGAAUUUUACUAGUUAUCAAAAUGAACACAGUUCGCAAAAGCUUAUUGUUGUUGUGAAUAUCAUUUGCGCUGCCAGUGUUUGUAUUAUUAAACAAAAACAUAUACGGAACAGUAAUUUAUGCUAAAAUCUAUAUAUACCAUAGAUGUACGUGUAUCUAAAACAGUUUUCAUUAGCGUAAAAGUAUUACAUUUUACACAUCGUAAAGAAAAAAAUAUAUAUAUACAAACACAAAUUUGUAAAUUAAAUAUCGAAUUGCUGUACACAAGUAAAUAAAUUUAGUUAAAGCGUAAUUUAGCUUUUGGUUGCUUGAUUUCUUGAUAGUUGUGAAAAUAGUUUGCAGAAAAAUAUAAUAACAAAUAAAUGUACACUAAACUUCUUUAACUUCCGAUACUACUUAAAUUCAGUUUUAUGUCAAAUAACCUGUAAUGCGCCCAAAAAUAUGCUAUAACUAAAUAUUUAAGGAAAAUUUACACGCCCAUAAAGCGCUCUUCGUCAGUAAAUUUAAAAGGACUCAAUAUUCUAAUUUUCUGUAAGUGUGUAUAACUACUAAUUUUAAUAAAAUAUAACUGGCAUUGACGUAAAAUAUUAAAAAAAAAAACGUAUACAAUAGUAAAUUUACAACUUUGAGUAAUAUUAAUAUCCAAAAUACACUUCUUUUCAAUCGUUUUUUUUUUUUAUUAUAUAAUAUAUUUUUAAUUUUCCUAAUUAAUUACAGCAGUCUUGUAUUGCUGCUGUCCUUAUGGCACUUAUCUAAGCAAACACAAUUCAAUCAAUAAACAUAAAAUAUAUAUGUGUUUUUACAUAAAUAUUAAUUUAACAAAUGAUAUUUUGCUGUAAGGAAAAAAGGUUGAUGCAAUUUAGAUUUAAAUUAACAAUAUUUAUAAUUAAUUUUCGUUUUUUAACACGUCCAUAGUUUGUAAUCACUUAAAGAAGAAAUGCAUUUUUUAUCUUAAUAUAAAUACAUAUAAGUACAUGUAAAAUAUUUGAUUUUAUUUUUUUUUAAAUCAAAAGAGAGAAAAAAUAGAUUAAGCUUGCUAGAAAAUUUGUAAAAAGCUGCUUGAAAUACAAAUAAACGUAAAUGCAACAAACUUUUUACCGUUAAAAUCAAGCAGCAAUAAGUAGCAACUCAAUUCUCAUAUAUACUACAAGCUAAGGUAUGAAAUAGAUUUGGUCAGCAAACUUUUAAUAGGCACUGUGCUCAACUGGUGCUAGCACACGUGUAUACACAACAGCUGAUUGCACUGUGAGAUAAAUAAUUUAAUAAAAAAAAUAGUUCGAUUUUUUUACAAAUAAAAAUUUUACACGUACAAUAUGAAAAAAACAAAAUUACAAAAAAAUUUAUAUAAAUUUUUAUAAAUAAAAUUUUUAAUUUUUAAAUAUGUACGCGUAAGUGUAAUUAAAGAGAAGUAGAACCUUUAAUUAUUUUUUGUUUUUUAAUUUCCUUGUCAUCAACCCAUCCAGUGAUUCAAUUAGAUUCCGUUCUAUCCACACUUAAACUAAUUAAUUAAUUAAAUGUUAAAUUUAUAAUCAUUAUUAUAUUACAUAAAUAUACAUAUAUAAAAUUGACAUAUAGGUACUGCAAUGAAUAAUGAAAUCUUUAAUAAUAAAACACUAAAAAAUAAAAACCGAAAAAUUUGUUUUAAUUUAAAAUAUGCGUAAUUCCAAUCAGUUAUAAUAUAAAUUGGUUAAUUUAUGGGAUCAUUUUUUAAAUUGGUUUUAUAUAUUAGUGUCACGAUGAUUAUUUGUAUAUUUGUAAAUGUACGAGUGUGUUGCAUAGUACAUGACAUUGUGGUAUAUAAUAACUACAUUUUAAUAAAGAUAAUUAACUCAAUUUAAUAAUCAGUUAUUUCAAGUGUAAUGCAUUUAUUUUUUUACAAGAUUUUACAAGAAACAAUUUUGUACCAUUGUUUUGUUCUUCAGACUCUUUUAAUAUUUCUAGACUACGGUUUUUGACCAAUAUUUUACUUAAAAAUGUCAAAAGUCAACAUAAAAUUUCAGUUACAGCCAGGGCUGCAAAUAAUGCAUUAAAAAAUAAUUUAAUUAACAUUUGAAUUAUUUAUUUAUGCGUGGCCCAUUAACCUAUCAGACUAAUCUAACCAAAUAAUUUUGAAAUUUAUAAUCUCAAAUGUCGGAUUGAAAACUAAAAAGAAGAAUUUUUAAGACAUUUUUUUAAUUUACAAAUUUUUGCGUUUGUGUACUUCGUGCUCUACCAUUUUGGUUUUCUUUUUAAAAGCAAGGCAGAUUUUUAAUAACAUAUCAACAUAGUUUAGCUCCUUUUGUCUUAUUUACAUAUAAUAUAUUGAAUUGUUUUAAUUAUAGUGUUUUAGUUAGAAAUAUUUGCUACUUCAAUUUUUAAUUUUAAAAUUUAGUUUCUCAAUUUUUAAUCCAAGAUGUUUAGGAUUAAAAAUUAAAUUUUCAAUUUUUUUUAUUAGUUCAAGUCUAGAAAUAAAAACGAAAUCGAUUUUUUAUUUUUUUUUUUAGAGUUUAACUAUUCAAGCAUAUGACUAGCGGAUUUUUCAAAUUUCAAAUUAAUUUCGAAGAUAUAGGUAUUUUACUGACGCGGCAUCCAAUAUGGUUAUGGUUAAAAGUUUAAAUUUAAAUUUUUAAUAAGAAUCAAAAAAUUUUAUAUAAUAUUUAAUUAAAUAAUCCUCAAUUUAAUUUUUAAUUCUAAAAUUAGAAUAACUUAAUUCUAACUUAAAACUAAAAAUAACUUAAUUCUAAUUUUAGAAUUAAAAAUUAUAAAUAUAAAUAUAAUUUUUUAAUUCAUAAUUUUUAAUUAAAAAACUCUUAAAAUAUUUUUUAAUCCCAAAAUAGAUUUAACAAAAUCUAAUUUUUAUUUCAAAAUGUUUUAAUUCAAAAAUUCGAUUACAAAAUUAAAAGCUUAAAGCGUUGAAUACGAAACCUUUAGACUCAAAACUGAAUAAAUACAAGAAAUCAAUAAAUUCACCUGCACCCUUGCACCCGCAUAACCCAUCGACAAGAAAGUACGCAAACAAUUUAUAAAAUAAAACUAAUACAUACACACUAAAGUAUAUAUCGAUAAUAAUAAUAGCGGUCUGUGAAUGCGAAAUAUAUACAAACAUAAUUAUGUAUUUCUGCUAGCUAUAUAUACAUAUAUAUUAACUUUUUCACAUUAAGAAAAAUAAAUAAAUCAAUAAAAUAAUUAAUGUGGCCGCUUAAAGUGUUUGAAAUGCUAAGCUGUGAUAUAAGGCGUAGCAAAUCAACUGACAAUUAACUUGUCAAAUAAAUAAAUAUUACCUUUCUUAAGAACACACGAGUAAGUAUUUUCAGCAAAUUAAAUAGUCAAACUUGUUUGGGCCCACUUGUGCAUUAUGUGUAACAUUUAUAUACGCCUAAAUAUUUAUUUAAAUCAAAUAAAACGCAACGAUUACCCAAACAAGCGUAAUAAUAAUAAACAUUAAUUAUCAAUUAAAUAAUAAGUACAGCAAUUAUGCCCACAAAUACUAUAUAAUACUUACUGGAAACCAUAAUGUUUUAACACUAAUUGUUUAAUAUAGCUAAUAUUAUUUGAGUAUGACAAAAAAAUAAUUCUAAUAUCUAGUUUCUAACACUGCCGAUUUGCGCAACGCGUACAUCUAAAGUUUUUAGAAAUACUUAAAAUAUAUAGUUCAAUAAUGUUUUAAAAUAUUAUAACAAAAUGUUUAAACAAAGUAAGUAUAAGUUGAAAAAGACCAACAUACUUGUUGUCAUUUUGAAGGCAAACACGCACACAAGUUUAUAUGGACGUGAAAGGUUCUUCUAAAUGAAAAUAUUUUUCAGAACACCAUUGAGACAAUGACGGUAAUGUUGCUUAGUAUAGCAAGGAUUGAAGAAUUUUAA